AUGGCAGACAUGGAAUUCUUCCAAUUGGAUCUCCGGGCUUAUGUCGGGGAAGGAUCUCCCGAAGAGAUAGAGAGCGCCAUUGCGCUUUGCGAAUGGCGCGAUGAGGAAGAUCCAGGAGGAGAACAGGCACGAGACAUGCUUGUCGCAACCCUCUUGGAUCUUUUCGAGUCAGGCAGUUCCAGGUAUCACCUAGACUCUGCUCUCAACCUCGCCCAAGAGCUUUACGAGCUUGGAGUCACAAUUGGAAACGACAACCGUCAAACCCAGCGCGCGAGCAAUUACGCCAAGGCCUUAGGGCAUCGGUACUGGGAAGACGGAGAUCCUGAAGACCUCCACAAGGCAAUCAAGCUCAGCGAUGAAGCAGUGAGUGCUUCACCACAAGCUAGAUCCAUUCUGGGCAGACCCAGAGGCACCAUCCUACUCGACCCUAGCAUUGAGAUCCAUGCCUUAAACACCCUGGCGGCCAGACUCGAGGAGCGUUUCCAAAUGGCAGGGUCCUUGGGCGACCUGGACCGCUCCAUUGACAUCAGGGAAAGGCUCAUUGCGGCUGUUCCCUGGGAAGAAUGGCAGGCCAGCCGGGCGGAGUGGCUUCUAAACCUCGCUGCCAGUUUGCAAAGACGCUACGAGCAGGACGAAGGCGACUCUCGCAGCGAUAUAGACAGAGCCGUCGAGCUGUCAGAGGAGGCACUCAGCUAUGCAAGCGAUAAUUCCCUUUUGACGUCCCGCGCGCUGUGUACACUUGCAAAUGCGCUUGGCGGACGAGCCGGGGUCACACAGCAGGCGAACGACCUUGACAGGGCCAUUCAAUCACUUCGAGAGGCACAGGAGAAGGACCCAACCAAUCACGCCAGUGCCUUGGAGAUUGGUGUCAACCUCGCGAUGCGCCUCUUCCAAAGAUACGAAAUGACCGACUCGGAGACAAUGACCGACCUUGAUAAGGCGAUGGACGUUGCAAGAUCAACACUUGACGGAACACCAGAUGACCAUCCCAUGAACGCCCACCUGCAAAACUUCCUAGGCCUGUUCUUAUACGCCCGCUUCUGCCGGUCUGCGUCAGAGUCAGUGGCGGAGGAGGCACUGGGCCACUUCAGACAAGCCCUCCGCAGCCCCCAUUACCCGUCGGUCUUCCACCGCGUGCAAGCCGGCCGGAUAAUGCUCCGUAUCUGCUGCGACAUGGCCAGGUGGCAGGAGGCGUACGAGGCCUCCCUCGAAGCCAUCGAGCUGAUCCCCAAGCUCUCGUCACGCGCGAUCCGAAUCUCAGACAAGCAGCGGCUGCUCAGCGCCGACGACGUCGUAGGUUUCGGUGCUGACGCCGCGGCUGCGGCUCUCCUAAGCGGCCAGGAUGGAUACGCGGCUCUUCGCCUGCUUGAGAUGGGCCGUCAGUCACUGGCCGCCUCCGUGGCCGAGUUGCGUCCCGAUCUGGUCGCGCUCCGCAGAGACUACCCUGAGCUCGCCGAGCGGGUUGACUCGCUCCGGGACGAGCUACAGGACGACUCACCGCGACAACACGCUGCAAGUGGCGAGUUUGAUGCCCUUUUGGACGAAAUUCGCCAAAAGGAGGGAUUCGAGCGCUUCCUGGAGCCGCCAAGCAAUGAGGAAAUCCAUGAGGCGGCGCGGGGCCAUCUUAUCGUUCUCACUGUGAGCGCGUACCGAGGUGUCGAUGCCAUCCUGAUCGAGAGGGAUAGAGUCCACGUCUUGAACCUCAACGGGGUUACGCUUGAAGAUCUGGAAAAAUGGUCCAGGAACCUGCAGAGGCCUGCUGUGCUCAGGUGGCUCUGGGAUUCCAUCGCCAAGCCGGUCCUAGACGAACUCCGCCUUACUCGGCCGUCGCCGGACGGGUGCCUGCCACGUAUUUGGUGGAUUCCCACUGGCAUCUUGAGCAGGUUCCCUUUUCACGCCGCGGGUUAUCACUCUAAGGGUUUGACGGAUAGUGUCAUUGACCUUGCCGUAUCGUCAUACAGCUCAUCAAUCAAGGCCCUCGUUGACGGCCGGCGUCGUGCAUCUUCUCUUCCACGACCAAAAGAAAGCAAAGCGCUUCUAGUAGCCAUAGCUAACGCACCAAACCGCUCCCUUCUGAGAGGCGCGGUCAAGGAGGUCCAGACGGUAGAGGCCCUCUUCGCAUCCAAGGAUUUCGACAGUGUCAGGCUCGGCGAUAGCAGGGUGCACAAACAAGACGUCCUCCAGCGUCUCAAAACCUGCCAGAUCUUCCACUUUGCAGGCCACGGCGUGGAGAAUAUCUCCGACCCUUUGCGCAGUGCAUUGCUGCUGCAUGACUGGGAAACAGAUCCCUUGACUGUGGGCGACGUUCUCGAAGUGAAUCUGAGCGACGGCAACCCUUUCUUGGCAUACCUUUCCGCAUGUGAGACUGGCCAGGUUUCCAAGUCAAAGUUUCGAGAUGAGAGCGUUCAUCUCAUCGGCGCAUACCAGUUAGCUGGGUUCCGCCACGUCAUUGGAACCCUGUGGGUGGUUGAUGACGACGACAGCGUUAUGAUGGCGACAGCCACGUAUGAGAAUAUGCUUGAGGACAUGACAGAUGAAUCCGUGUGCCGUAGCCUUCACAAGGCUGCUUUAAGGCUGCGGAAUGACACGAGGCUUCCAAAUGUAGGAGCAGAUCAGAGUGGUGCAAGAAAGUGUGUAUUCGUGGACUCUAGCGCGGAUGAGUCGGGCGAGGACGGAGCAAGUUGGAUCCCUUUUGUCCAUUUUGGCGUGUGA